GCGGCGAUGGCGGCGGAGCGGCGGCCGGUGCCCGGCCUGGACGAGUUCGCGGGGCAGAGCUGGAGCGCCUGGGUGGAGCGGGCCGGGCCGCCCGCCGACACCGGGUCAGAGCUGGAGGAGAAUGGUAGGAGUGGCAGCAAGAAACUGGACACCAUGACCCUGAUUAAGGAAGACAUGGACAUCUUCGGGCACUGCCCUGCGCACGACGACUUCUACCUGGUGGUGUGCAACCACUGCAGCCAGGUGGUGAAGCCCCAGGCCUUCCAGAAGCACUGUGAACGCCGGCACGGCCCGCUCAGCAAGCUCUAUGCCCGUGCCACCGCGUGCCACGUCGCCGUGAACGGGCAGCCGGUGCCUGGCAGGACCCCCGGAGCGGCCAAAGCCCUGCAGGAGAAACAUCCUGGUGCCCGUGGGAGAGCCCAGCCCCUCCCUGAGCACACGGACAAGGAUAACAACCUCUGCUUGUUUGUGCCCGUGGUGAACCUGGAGAAGAUUCCCAGCAUUCCCAAACCGGACGGGCACGGGAUCAAGGUGCCCCCCAAAGCCGUCCCCACCAACUCCAAGGAAUCCCUGGGGAAACCCGCGGCUGCCGCGGUGCCCAGAGAGCCCCCGGUGCCGGCCGGGGUCGGGGGGGAUUCGGCCAUGCCGGAGAGCAUCCCUGCUCCGGGGGAGAAGGAUGUGGGGGCCCCCAAACCGCCCCCCAGGUCCCACAGGAAGCUGGCGCGUAAGGAGUGUGACCUGAACCGGCAGUGUGGGGUGCGGAACCCCGACACCAACAAGCUCUGCACUCGCCUGCUGACCUGCAAGAUCCACUCGGUUCACCAGCGCCGGGAGGUGCAGGGUCGGGCCAAGGAUUUCGAUGUGCUGGUGGCCGAGCUCAAGGCCAGCACCCGCCGAGGGGACCCCCCGAAAGACAGGAGCCCCCCUGAGAAGGACCCACUGCACCCUGCCCUGCAGGACACCCCCUCACUGCUGCAGCCCCCCAAUACCCCUCCCUGCCGAGCCAGGCUGUCCCACUGCUUGCACCCCAGCAGUGACCCUGAGGAUGCUCCGGCCACCUCUGGGGAGGGGAGCAUGGAAAGCUUCCCCCUCCCCCUGCCCAAGGGGGGCAGCCGCGUGUCCAGCGAGGAGAGCGAAGAGGAGGGGGGCGAGGAGCCCCCCCGGACCCCGAUGCGCCCACCACGGCCUCAGGCGUUCUGCACCUUCGGGAGCCGCCUGGUCACCCCGGGCUGUUACGUGUUCGACCGACGGCUGGACCGGUUCUGCGCCGCGCUGGGCUCCAUGCUGGAGCGGCACCUCAGCGCACACAGGUGGAGGAAGAUCCCUCCAGCCGUCAUCCCCCCUCUUCACCUCCCCCUCACCUACACCGUGGGGUCCCCCCCGGCGGCGGCCGCCUGCAGCCAGCCCGAGUGCGGGGGAGGGGGCACGCAGUCCAUCACCUCCCCCCUCCCCGCCAACACCCCCUCACCCUCCUUCAGCAAACUGCCCCCCACCAAGGCCAGCAAAUCCCCCCGGGCGCGGGAGGCGUCCGGCAGGACGGACACGGAGCCCCGGCCCUGGCAGCCCCCCGCCACGGCCGGCAGCCCCCCGUACAAACGGACCUGCUUGGGGGACAGCGUCAAGGGCAAAAAUCAGGGCUUGACUCCCCCCGGCAAGACGAAACUCACCCCCUCGGCUUCGCCCUCCGUCGCCAUCCUCAACGGGACCCCUCGGGUGCGACGGCCGCCCCCCGCCCAGCCCUGCCGCGCCCCCCCCGCCGCCCUGGACCCCCAAACGCCGCUGCACGGGCUGGGGGGGCCCCCCCGGGGGCUCUCCGAGGAUGAGGUGAAGAAGCGCAAGAACUCGGCCACCUAUUGCCGACCCCUGAAGCCCAAAGCCGCUCCCCCCCUGCCCGGCCCCCCGGCCCCUCCCGGCUCCGGCACCCCCGGCUCGGGGGGCUCCGUCCGCAGGAAGAAGCCGGGGACGCCCCUGGGUUUCGAGGAGAAGAGGAGCGUCCUGAAGUCCAAAGCCCAUUAACAGAGGGGUCACCGGGCCCCCCCCCGUGUCCUCCCCACCGGGAAACGCCAGAAAACCGAUGAAGGGGGAAAAAAAAAUCCCAAGGAAACACGAAGGAAAAUCCCAA